CCUUGGCUGUGAGGAGUUGACUAGAGUUCAGAUAGACUCCUCGGUUGACCUUGCUGCUGCUGAGCGCUAAACACAAACAACACACCGUCCAGGGAAAACAUGACCACUCCGAGUUUAUCAGCCUUGCCUGCAUUACCCAAGCCGGGACUCGCGUUAACAAAAGAGCAUUUUGUGGUUGCGGUGCCAGUUGCAGUGGUUGCAGCUGUCGGAGGUUUCCUGGUGAGCCAUUACCUGAGUGGGAGAAGCUGUAAAAAGGGUCUGGUGAACACAUCCAUCAGCAAAGAUAGCCCCAAAGUGGUCCACAGCUUUGACAUGGAGGAUAUCGGCACCAAGGCUGUUUACUGCCGCUGCUGGAAGUCAAAGAAGUUCCCUUACUGUGAUGGAGCCCACGCCAAACACAACGACGAGACCGGAGACAACGUGGGACCGCUCAUCAUCAUGAAGAAGAAGGAGGCUUAAACCGCCCAAUCAGGGAAACCUCGCCCUCCCUUGACUUCUAAUGCACCCGGCCCCAGUUUGUCCAAUCAUUUAUAGUCAUCAUUGCAGUGUUACACUCAUGGUUACAGUAUGACACUGUUGCAGUUAAAUCAAACAGCGGAUAAUCUUCAUAGCCCAGAACAUAAACUCAGAAAUACUGACAAUGUUGUGAAUUCUGAUUCCAUACUUGCUACACGGUUUCUACUACGACUGACUUUGUAAUCAAAGGUCAUUUGAGGAUAGAUAAGGAAGGGACUUUGACAAUCAGCACAGUCAGACAGGGAGGUACGGCUGUGCAGUGGCAUUCUGACCUGCUUAAUGUGAAGUUUAGUUAAGAUUCUCACUGGACCUGAAAUACUUCGCCAUGCAGGGCUUGUACCUCCUUGUCUGCUGUCACCUGUGUCCCCUUCCUUCUCCACUCCUCUGAGUGGAGCAGGUGGUUGUAACAUAAUGAACUGGCAGCUCUUUGCCUCAGUCAGCCCAGUAUUACAUAUGAAUCCAUCAAAGGCCUUAUAUUCACAUCUCCAGCCCAUGACCCAAAGUCUGAAGGCACACAACCCAUAUGAAUGUUACAUGUUGUGAUUUUUUGCACUAAGAGCUGCUUCGUCAGAGGACAAACAAGUUUGGUUUGAUUAUUUAAUGAACUCUCCAAUCUUAACGUGUUGAAACACUAUCUGCUGUUUGUAACCAUUUACUGUCUGCUUUCUGAAGGAACUUGUAAUUACUCUGUAAAGGAUAUAUUUUGCUUUUUCAUUAGAUUUAUUUUCUACUGGCUGCGGUGUGUCUGACUUGAUUCAUUGUUCUGUACAUUGUGAAUAAAACUCAUUGACUGAUCUGA